UCUGGCAGGCGGCCUUGUCCCACCCUGUCAGUGUGCCUUGCUCAGUGUCCGAGGACGCUCCUUCCCGCCUCCCACCGGGCCUCCACAACCUCCACGUUUACAACCUCCAGCAAUUACUCCAGUUGGCCCUAGAGUUCCUGAGUCGCGGAUCCUGAUCAUGACGACUCGUGCUGCUCCCUCCACUCCUCCUCCAGCCAUGUCUGCGAUGGACUACACCUACAAUCGGAAUGAAAGUCUCCGGACGAUGGACAACAUCCUCGCCCACAUAGGCAACACACCACUCGUCAAACUUAAUAACAUUCCCAAGAGUUAUGGCCUCAAGUGUGAUGUUUAUGCCAAAUGUGAAUUCUUCAAUGCUGGCGGGAGUGUGAAAGAUCGCAUUGCUCUGCGCAUGGUUGAGGAUGCCGAGAAGAAAGGCCUGAUAACCCCUGGAUUGUCUGUGCUCAUUGAGCCCACCUCUGGCAAUACAGGAAUUGGACUGGCAUUAUGUGGGGCAGUAAAGGGGUAUCGGUGCAUAAUCGUGAUGCCGGAAAAAAUGAGCAAUGAGAAGGUGUAUGUGCUAAGAGCCCUGGGAGCAGAGAUUGUCCGCACCCCUACCUCCGCCUCGUGGGAUUCUCCCGAAUCCCAUAUUUCCGUGGCAAAGAGAUUGGAGAAGGAGAUUCCUGGAGCAAUGAUCCUUGAUCAGUACAAAAACCCGGGCAAUCCCAUGGCUCACUACGAGGGCACGGCCGAGGAGAUCCUGCAGCAGAUGGGUGGCAACGUUGACAUGGUGGUGGCGGGCGCAGGCACCGGAGGAACCAUUACUGGUAUGGCAAGGAAAAUGAAGGAGCGAAUUCCAGACUGUAAAGUUGUUGGUGUAGACCCAGAAGGCUCUAUCCUAGCAUUGCCCGAGGAACUCAACAAGAGUGACGUUACAUCUUAUGAAGUUGAAGGGAUUGGUUACGACUUUAUUCCUAAUGUCCUCGAUCGAGACGUGGUCGAUACAUGGAUGAAGUCUAAUGACAAAGAUUCUUUGACCAUGGCGCGUAGGUUGAUAAAGGAAGAGGGCCUCUUGUGUGGUGGCAGCAGUGGAGCUGCUGUGCACGCAGCAAUGGUAGCAGCAGCAGACCUUGAAGCUGGCCAGCGGUGCGUUGUUCUUCUGCCUGACUCUGUACGGAAUUACAUGACCAAACACCUUUCUGAUCAUUGGAUGAUAGAGAGGGAAUUCAUCAAGGAGGAUGAGGAUACGGAAAAUAAACAUUGGUGGUCUUCCCUGAAGGUAUCAUCACUGCCCUUAUCAGCACCUUUAACAGUGCUACCAUCCAUCUCGUGUCAGGAUGCCAUUGCCAUCAUGCAACGUGAGGGAUAUGACCAGUUGCCUGUUGUUGACCAAGAAGGGAUGAUUCAGGGAGUUGUGACCCUAGGUUCCCUCAUGGCCAAAAUGGUGUCGUCAAAGAUUGAAGGGUCGAGCCCUGUGGAACAUUCUCUGUAUUCACAGUUCCGUAAGAUAAAGUUGGAUACGACGUUGGCCAAGUUAUCUCGUAUCCUAGAUCGUGACCACUUCGCUCUUGUUGUUCACACCCAGCGUCUCUGCAGGGGGCACCCUGAUAUGGAAGGCUCUGUCAUAGAGAAAGAAGUGUGCAUUGGUAUUGUGACCCAGAUUGAUCUCUUGACACACAUUACCAAGCACCAGAAGGAUCUGAAGGAGACAUCGGAAUAAGCCCAGCAGCCACACGCAGAGUCUUUAGCAUCAGGUUAAGACUAAUCAAAUCAGACUCGGAACAGUGAAUGUAACCCCGCCCCUCCCCUGCCCCCUCCCCUGCCCCCUCCCCUGCCCCCUCCCCUGCCCCCUCCCCUGCCCCCUCCCCUGCCCUGCCCCUCUCCCGCCCCAUCCCCCGGCCUUUCCCGCCCCACCAAAAAAAUUAAGUGUGGUUUGUUUCCCUUGCUGUAAUUUAGAGGUAUUUUUGGUAUACUUGAGAAUAGUGGAAAAUACAAUAUUUUUAAUAUGUGCAAUUUGCAGCAGCGUAGGUUUUAAACUACUGUGUCAGUAAUUGUAGAUGUAUUGGUUACUGAAAAAGGUUUUAAUUUUUAUUUACCAUUUUAUGUAAAUUUGUUAAUCUAGAAACUUUGUAAUAAUCAUGAUUUUACCAGAACCUAUAAUACAAAGUUAAAUGCAAUAAUGUGCUGAAAUAACUUGUGCUGAAGUCCAAAAAUCCAAAAUGUAACUGCAAACCAGGUUUAAUGUAAUUGAGCUGCGGUGUUUCUGAAGUGUGUACUGUAGUGCCGGAGUUACUCACAGGUGCCAUAAUAUCACCAAGACAAUCUUUGUGCACGUAACGUAUUCGUGCAAGUUUCAUUAUCACCGAGACAAUCUUUGUGCACGUUACGUAUUCGUGCAAGUUUCGUUAUCACCGAGACAAUCUUUGUGCAUGUUACGUAUUCUUGCAAGUUUCGUUACGGUGUGACUUACAUUUUCCCCUCUGCAUUGAUGUUUUUAUAUAUUCGUACAUUCCAGUUAUUACACUAAGGUGUGUAGAAGAAUGAAUGGUGAAUGUGUUCUCUGAUGCUGCAAUUAAAAGGGUAAUUUAUGCACAUUUAGCUGUAUCACUUGAUGGCAUUUUGUUUAGACUAAUUGUAUUAAAAGCAUUUGAUUGGGCAUCAUUACUUAAUGAUUAACCUAAUUUAUUUACAUUGUGCUAGUGUGAAUGAUGGGGAAAUAUUUAGUGCAUAAAUUGCUGAAUUAAGAAUUUUGUAUUUGAAAUCAUGUUCAUUUUGUGAGAGAGGAUUGUUAGAACAUGAAAGUUUUUCUCAUUCUCUUAUUGGUUUUAGCUAGUACAGUAGUAGUAGUAUAUUAAAGUAUUAGUGAAGUUAUUCGCUGCACCAGGAUUGAAGUACCAGGCGCUGCACCAGGAUUGAAGUACCAGGAUUGACAACCAGAGCGCAACUCCAUAGUCUCCCGAGACUGAAGGAUGCCUACUACUACUAGUGAAGUAAUUCAUUUGUUCAUUAACUUCCUGGGUGGGUGUGUGGUGGGUGUGUGUUUACUGUUUGUGCCUGCCGAAUCGAGCCGUUAGAUCUUGGACUUGAAUGUGUGUUUGUGUGGGGGUUGCGUGUGGAUGUGGUUUCACACGUGUGUGUGUGUGUGUGUGUAUGUGGUUUCACACGUGUGUGUGUGUGUGUGUGUGAUGGAGGGAUUUGAGAACACAUGUUGCCAGAAAGCAGUUGUAUUUUUUAAUACUUGAAAAGUAGGCAAUCAAAUGGUAUAUCAUGCAGCAAGUACGAUACAACUUGAUGAAAAUAUUAAUGUGGGGGGGGGGCAAGCAAACUUAGGUAUAUUGUGAUGUUAUUUUUUUAUGUUAUCUUUUAUAUACAUACACAGUAUAAUGCUGAAGACUAUUAGUUUUGGGUUUGUCUUAUGUUCUUGUUAAAUUUGUUUCUUCCAUUAUAUUCGUACAUAGAAAUAUGUCAUAUCAAUAUCUCCUUUUAAUCAAAGCAUUGUAUAGUCAUUUUUUAAUUUUUGGCUCUACUUAUUCUUUAUUUUAGCCAGUGAAAUGUGUUUUAAUAUGUUAAAAAGAAAACUGUUUUCCCCAUGUACCAGGUAUUUAUUGUUUUAAUUCAUUAUUUUAAAAAUGUGUCGAAGGGAAUAAGAAUCAUUAUUAAAG